UGUUGAAUAUAUCUGCAGUCUUCAGAGCUUUACAGUUCUUUUAAUAUCUUAUAGAGUCCAAAUAUUCAUUGACUUCACUUUCAAGCACAGGAAAGAAAGGUUUAGAGCCCCUGAACUUACAUUUAUGGAUGUGAUAUUUAGCAAGUAGAAAUAGCAAAUGAAUCUAUAUUGUCAUACAGGGGUUGUUUGAGCUGUUACUUGAGACCACACCUGCUCCGUCUGAUUGGCUGUUCAGCCCACCUGGGGGACGACGGACUAGUUCCGGGAUUCCGAAGUCGGCCUAUGCCUAGCAAGCGAGCUAACUAGUUUGCUAGCCGCUAAACUCAAGGAGGACCGUAACGACCCACACCCUACAGGCAAGACAGUCCCGAUGUUCGGGGCAUUCAACAGCUGACCCACAGAGCCAGUGGGUGAAAGAAGAAAGGGGGACAAAGAGAAAAAGACUAAAAUGCAUCAGACUACAUAACGCCACUGCUGCCCAUGGCUUUGUUUAAGAGAUGCAAAAUGGGAAAGGAGGUCUAUCUGCAGAGAAUUUGGAGAUGGGAGAGGUCUCUACACACAGACCUGGCCAAGUGCGGUGACACCUUGAUGACAUGCACAGGGCUUCUUUUUGGAAUGAGUUGAUUUUGUCCCCAUAUUGACACAAAGACUGAAAGCAGGAAUCUCACAAGAACCAGUGGACUCUGCAUGGCUAUUUGAGCAAUUUUUCUUGUAAAGGCAAGGCUAGACAGAAUUUCUUUUUUUUAAACCUUUUUUUUUUUUUUUUUUUUUUAUCAGCUUUUUGAAAAUUUCAGCAAUUCCAGCUGGACUUUUGUUGGAUGUUAAGCGGAAUCAUGCAACUGGUUUAAAAGUGAAUGUUUGUUUAGUUGUUUUCCCCUGCUGACUUAGUUUGAAACGCUGGAACUGUCCCUUCUGCCGCCAUCCUCAGUUUCUUCCACCCACCCAGUGCCUAAAUAAGCCUUCUCGGGACAAUCGCAGGAGUCGUCAGCAGCUGCUGCGCUCAAUCCUCUGCCUGUUCUCCUCUAUGUGCUUCUGCUCGUAGCCUAUUGGCUAUCUACCCACUACCUCUUUAAUUUUCUGCUCUUUUGUUUUUAUAUUAAUUUUCUCUGCGAGACAUAAUCAAAACUUAAGCACAUUGAAGAGCAUUAAUGUAAAAACUGAGUUUCAAGAGUGGAGAUAAAUCUAGAUUGUUCCGGUUUUAGUUGUGUGUGCGGGUGUCUGUGCUUUUGUGUUUGAACACAGAAGUCUUACAGUUGCACUGGUGCCAGGGAGCUGUAAGGUUAGAUUUAUUUAUAUUGUUGCACCAAAAACGGUUACAUUAAAGCCAUACAAAAAUAUUUAUGAAUUACCUACACAUAUUUUUGUAUCACGUUGCUCUUGUAUAGUUUUGCUUUAAUAAGCCUUUAUUAAGAUUAUACACCCAAAUUAAAUAUUUACAACAAGCUGUACACAUGCAAGUAAAGCUGUAUAAUGCUAUAUAAAGCAAUCCUUUGAUUUUGAGUGAUUAUAUUAGUGCCAGAAGACUUUUAGUGUUUGACUCCCACAUGUUUUCAGUUGCUGCUUUGCAUAGUUUUUUCUUUUCCAGUCUGUAGUCAUGGCCCCUCCUCCCAAACAAACAUUUAACCUAUAAAGCACCAUUUACAGUAGGUAGACCGUAGAUAUCUACCUCUCUCUGUCUCUUCUCCCCUCUCUCUGUCUCUGAUGCCGGGCUUCAGUGGUGGGGGGGUUGGGGGAGGAGUGGGUGUCCCUGCUUCUGCUCCUCCCCGUCCAUUUCGUCCCAGCCGGUAUGUCCCGGUGUCUUCAGCCACCACUUUCCUUGUCGGAUCCACCACUCUCUUCUUCUGCUUUACGUGCCCAUGGUUGUCAGAGUAUUUCUCCUCUGUCAUUCCCAUCUACACUGCUGUGAUCUUUCUCUUCACCCUUGCCAACUUCUGUAUGGCCACUUUCAUGGACCCUGGAGUCUUCCCGAGAGCUGAGGAGGAUGAGGACAAGGAAGAUGAUUUCCAUACAAGAUCUUCCACGUGGGGUGUUGCCUAUCAAUAUUUUCUUCUCUGUCAUAUCCUUGUAUAUAUUGUGCUUGCACAUUCUUGUCCUUUUGACCCUGUGCUCUCUCAGGAUUUUGACCAUCACUGCCCUUGGGUGAACAACUGCAUUGGUCGGAGGAAUUAUCGCUAUUUCUUCCUCUUCCUGCUAUCCCUUACCACCCACAUCAUUAACGUAUUUGGCUUUGGCUUGGUUUAUGUCCUGCACCACCGCCAGCAGCUGGACACGCCACAUGCUGCUGUAACUAUGGCCGUUAUGUGUGUGGCUGGUCUGUUUUUUGUGCCAGUUGCUGGCCUGACUGGAUUCCACAUGGUGUUGGUGGCCCGCGGUAGGACCACAAAUGAACAGGUGACAGGGAAGUUUCGGGGAGGUGUAAACCCUUUCACCAACGGCUGCAUAAGGAAUAUUUCUCAUGUGCUCUGCAGCUCCCAGGCCCCCAGAUACAUGGGCCGGUGGCGGAGCCCUCAGGCAGUGGAUGUACAGCCACCAUUUGUUAGACCGCCUCUCACUGAGGCCCAGCUAGAAGCCAAGGUCCUGGACAACGGCAUCCAGAAUGACCGACACAGCACCAGGUCCAAGAGCAGUCUAGAUCAGAUGGAGAGCCAGUCAGCUGAUGCAGAGCCUCCACCUCCUCCAAAGCCAGAGCUUCGUUACCCUGGCCUGCCCCGCGCUGACACGGAGGAGAGCAGCUUGUUGACUGAAGCUCCACAUACGCCGUCAAUGUACAAGUACCGACCAGCCUUCAACAGCCCAGGAAGGAACCACACUGCCCUCACACACCCCAACAAGAUGAUCCGUGGCGAGAGUCUUGACUCUCCCUCUCCCUCCAUCCUCCUGUCCAGCCAUCAGCCUAGCUACCGCUCGGAGCCGAGCAGCCUGGACGGAACCACAGUGGUAGGGGGAGGUGUAGGGGCGCGCAGAGGGGGAGGGGAGAGGGGUGAGGGCCCCGGAGGCCCUGGCGGGACUGCUGGGUUGAUGUCAGGGGGCAUGUCAGGUUACUCCCUGACUGGGCGCUCCUACACCUCCUACCCAUCCUCUCUAGUUCUGUCCACUGGUGGCUCCCACUCCUCCAGUCUGCGCUCAGCGCACCUGGCACAUAACCCGCUGGCCACGCUCCAAUCAGAGGGCACCACAGACACCAGCUACAAAAGCCUGGCCAAUCAAACGCCUCGGAAUGGCAGCCUGUCCUAUGACAGCCUUCUGACCCCAUCCGAGAGCCCAGAGUUUGAGUCAGCCGCUCAUGAGCUGUCGCCGCAGAAGCCUCGUGCUCCAUUUCCCUCAGGUCAGCCUGAGGUGGUGUCACCCAGUAGCCCGCUGCAGGGCUACACGUCGCCCUUCCUCUCAGCUCAGAUCGCCCAGCAGAGGGAGGGGCAGCUGCUCCAGGGCUCUGCCACUUUCUCCUCCCCCCACAGGGCCUACCUGCGUGCCGUCAGCCCGCCCCCUCCCUCCUCUGGGCAACCUGAGAUCCAGCACUUGCUCCAGCAUAACCAGGACUCCUCUUACCGAGCCCCUCGUAACCUUUCCUCCUUGUCCUCUUCCCCUGGGGCUCGCUCACUAGAGCCCCCUGUCUCCCCGCCACCUCGCGGCCUCUCCCUCGGCAAGUCCCAGUCUUACAUUGGGGAGGCAGGGUCUCAGCACAAGCCUCGGCCCGCAGGAGGAGGCGUUGUGCUGGGAGGGGGAGGAGCCGGAGGAGUGCAUCAGGCUCCACAAUCCACCUCUCGUCCAGUCUCGGCCAAUCACACCACAUCCAAACCAGGAGGCGGAGUGAAGAAGGUGACAGGCGUUGGAGGGACCACUUAUGAGAUUUCGGUUUGAGUGACAGACAUCCUUCACAGGUCUAUGACAAGGAGAGGGAAAAAUUCACUGAACUACUUCCACAUGUCUCUUUCCUGUGCUGGACCGGAUUCAUGACUGCAGCCUCCUGAAAAUUACUGUUUUCCGCUGCAAAGGACUAAAGGAGCAGGCCUGUCUGGUACUCACUUUGUUAUAUUUGUAACGCCACUGGCCACUCUUCUCUGCUAGCCUUUUCAGAUUUGAACAAAGAGUAAAAAGGAGACACUGGUUCAUUUUUCACAUGAUCAAGUCGUCUCCAUUUAGCCACUUUGUGAGCCAUAGACUGUUGUGACUAUCAUCAUGGCUGGGUACAGACAUGUCUAUAGAAAACGCAUAACUAUUCAAUGAUUUGCUGUUUUAUUUGGUACAUUAGCACACAGAGUAUUGACCACCCUGUCCAACACUUAAGGUAAGGAUGGCCUUUAUCCCGCGGAUUUGGAAUUUUAAGAAGACAGAUUUAGGACUGUUGACCAAUAGAAAUGUCUUCUCAACUGUCUGAACGGACCACACAACCCGAUAUCGAUAAGAGUAACGAAGAGAAGUGUCCAAUCUAUAAACACAGUAUAAUUUUAGUUUUAUAAAAUCUUUUUUUAAGUAUUGUUUUAUAUAAAUGUAUAAAAUCUUACAGAUUAUUAUUAUUAUUAUUAUUGGGUCAAUUAGUCAGGUAUUGAAAAUGACUAUGGAUGACGGUGGCAGAUGUACUGUGUGUAAUUAUUCAUGAAAGCGAUUUCAAAUCAGUUGCCUGUUUGUAUUUAAUGGCUGCAUCAGCCACUCAUGAGUUCUUGCUGGGAUUUUCAUCGUCCAAAGGGAAUGAUGGUCGUUGGACAGGUGGUGGACAGCUGAAGUUGCAAAUAAUUGAGCAAAAUUUUCUGAAAGCCACAAAGAAAUUGUGAAUUAUGAUUGCAGCACAAGCAUCUGUGUGGAAUGUAUGCUUGUAAUGUUUAUGCUAGAGACAUUAUGCAAAAUCUGUUAGUAGCUUUAAGAUCAUUGUAUGUCUUUUUGGUGUUUAUUUUUUUUUUCUUCUUUUCUGUGAUGUUUUGUCUCAGUCAAGAUGCUAGCAGAACCUUAAACCUUUAAAAGAUGCCCAGCCAAAUCGGGGCAGCGAGGGAAGAGCUUAUUUAUUUCACCAGACAAGACAACCUUGUAGUUUUUGGGCACAACUUCAAACCAGUCUCUACCAGUUUGUUCUUUCUUUUUUGAAAAAAGAAGUAUGAAUAUUUUUAAAAAAAAAAAAAAAAAACUUUAUAAAUGAAACUGUAAUUGCAGUAUACCACUGAAUAGAAUUUCAAGGAGGGACUGGUUUGCAAUUGGAGACGGUUUGUUUUUUCCUUGAGACCAUUCAUAGUGAAGUAUGCACAUAAAUUUUUUUUUCUAUCUGUUUAUAUUUUUUUAAAUUUUUCCGAGGAAAUAAAUGUAAGGCAGAUUAGAUUUUUUUUUUUUUUUUUUUUUAAAACUUCCGUAAAGGUACAUUUCAAUACAUUUUUUUCUCAACCAUGUUAGGAACGGAAUAAUUUGAGGGAGGGAUGUGUGUAUGGCAGUUUCAGGAUUGGGCAUUACAAUUAAAGUUUUAUUUUUUUUCUAUCAAGGCCUACAGUUGAGUGUUAGCAGUAGAAUUUCAAAGCUAGCUGAAUGUAGCACGUCUUUGGGGAAAAGUACACGCUUGAAGCACACAAGUAUCAUCGUUCAACCCAAGGGACCGUGUUACGAGUUUUCAACCCAAGUCUAUCUUCAGUGUGCAUGUGACUUUUGUUUGUCGUGCUGAAUGCUUCACUGGCGUGCAUACUUGUGAGAAUAUUGUCAAAAGCCCACAUGGUUGAUGUAACAAGAAAAGAAGCAUCAUUAAUAUAGAGAUAUAAGAGAACAUGUGUUACUUUUCUUCAUGCUCUGGCCAAGGAUGGUAGCCACUGAACAAUUUGAAAUGUGGGUACAGUAAAAGUAUACUUCUAUGUGAGAUAAAAUAUUGCUAUUGUGAGCUGUGAUGAAUGGAAAGGUUUCACACAAAUAUCUGAGUACAUUAAAGACAUUUCUAAAAUGG